AUGGAACGAGACGUGUUUACCGAGCAAAGAACCAACAUUAAAUUUCUCGUAAAACUCGGCAAAAACGGCCAGGAAAUUCCACAAAUGUUGGAAAUGGUGUAUGGUGAAUCUGCCAUGAAGCGUAGAACUGUGUAUAAAUGGGUCGAUCGAUUUAAGGAAGGGAGAGAAAGCGUCGAUGACGACGCACGAGCGGGGCGCUCUUCAACAUCACGUGUCGAUGAAAACAUUCAACGUGUUUACGAUUUGGUGAAGGCAGACCGUCGAAUUACCACUAGAAUGAUUACAGAAAAACUUGGAAUAAGUAACGGUAGUGUUCAGACAAUUUUAAAAGAAGAUUUGAACAUGCGGAAGCUGUGUACAAAAAUUUUUCCGAAAGUUUUGACUGACGAGCAAAAACAACGACGUGUUGAUUGUUGCAAUGACUAUAUCGAGAGUGCUCAGGAUCCAAAUUUUCUCGAAAGGGUGAUAACUGGAGACGAAUCCUGGAUUUACGAGUAUGACCCUGAAACGAAAAGGCAGAGUGAAGAGUGGAAGCACUCUGGUUCUCCUCGCACCAAAAAAGCGCGCAAGAGUCGUUCAAAAUCAAAACCAUGCUCAUCGUUUUCUUCGAUAUUCGUGGAGUUAUUCAUCAUGAAUAUGUUCCAGUAG